UCCCCUUCUCCUUCUGUCCCAAAGUGGUACAAUGGGGGUUAAAGCUUUUUUAAUUAAUUAUCAAACAUAAAAAAAAUUAUUUUUUUUCUUUCGCUUUUUAAAUUCUUUUUUUUUAUAUCUACAAUAAAAAAAUGGCAUCAACACCAGUAAACUCGCAUCGAAGAUCAAUCACCUCUAGAAUGACAACCACGUCUGUUCGUGUAGGCAGUCAAUUGCCUAUUACCGCCGUAUCCAAAUCCACCGUUACCAGCAAAGAGUCCAGUAAGCUUAAACGACCACCACCGUUACCGAAAUUGGACACGAUAAUAAAAAAAACGGGAGAAAAAGACAAGUCUAGUUUACAAACAAACUCGCCUAGAACUAUAUCCAGCACUAAAAGCAUGCCCACCUCUCAAAGGGUCGAUUUCAGUCAUGUGAAAUCGAAAAUUGGGUCACUUGAAAAUAUUAAACACAAACCAAAAGGUGGUACAAAAAAAGUAUAUGAUGAAAAUGUAGAGGUGCUGCGAUCAAGGAUCGCCUCCAAAGCUGGUUCUAAAAUCGGAUCUUUGGAAAACAUCAAACACAAGGCUGGCGGAGGUUUAGUCAAAAUUUACGACGAUAAAGCAUUGUCCUUUAAGAAAGUUUCUUCUAAAGUUGGCUCACUGGACAAUAUCAAGCACAAACCAGGUGGCGGUUCCGUCACUAUUUACGAUGAUAAGUUUGAAUUUAUCAAAUCAAAAGAUAUCUCCUCUAAAGUUGGCUCCUUAGACAACAUCAAACACAAACCAGGUGGGGGGUCAAUCACCAUUUACGAUGAUAAGUUCGAAUUUAUCAAGUCCAAGGAAAUUUCUUCCAAAGUAGGCUCCUUGGACAACAUUAAGCAUAAACCAGGAGGUGGAGAUUUAAAAAUAUACGACGAUAAACUGGAAUUCAUCAGGUCCAAAGAAAUUACCUCUAAAGUCGGUUCCUUGGAUAAUAUUAAGCAUAAACCAGGUGGGGGUGAUGUCGAGAUUUACGACGACAAAACAUUAUCCUUUAUCAAGGAUAAACCCAUUUCUUCCAAGGUGGGUUCUUUGGAUAAUAUCAAGCAUAAACCAGGUGGAGGCGAUGUCGAGAUUUACGAUGACAAAACGCUCUCCUUCAUCAAGGACAAACCCAUUACUUCCAAAGUGGGCUCUUUAGAUAAUAUUAAGCAUAAGCCAAAGGGCGGUGAUUUACUGGUCUACAAUGAAAGACUCUUAUUCAAAGAAUCUGCUAAUUCACGUAUUGAUGUUGGCUCCAAAAGAAGAGUGAGAUCGACCAUGAUUUCUCCUACUACAACAGGCACCACCAGUCCCUCCAGUUUACCAGAUGAUGAGGAUCUACGGGUUCUCUCACCCAUCUCCCUAUAAAUUAACAAUAAUAUACAAAUAAAAUGAAAUUGACAGGCUGAGUGAUAAAAAUAACUCAUGCAGCUUGAACAGUUUAUUUAUAUCCACC